GCCCCGUCUCCGCUUGCGCAUCGGUCCCGGGGCGGAGCUGCUACAUCCGGGCGUCUGGCGGCCUGUGGCUGUUUUGUUUUCUUGGCCGAAAGUCGGGGAAAGUGAGGCUGCCCGGCGCGACGCGACCCGGGGCUCCGGACCUACUGCACCCGCGGGGCUGGACUGAUCUGAAAAAAUGUCUGGAUUUCUAGAAGGUAUGAGAUGCUCAGAAUGCAUUGAUUGGGGGGAAAAACGAAAUACUAUUGCCUCUGUUGCUGCCGGUGUUCUGUUUUUUACAGGCUGGUGGAUCAUCAUAGAUGCAGCUGUUAUGUAUCCCACUAUGGAAGAGUUCAACCACUCGUACCAUGCCUGUGGUGUGAUAGCGACCAUUGCCUUCCUCAUGAUUAAUGCAGUAUCGAAUGGACAAGUCCGCGGUGAUAGCUACAGUGAAGGUUGUCUUGGUCAAACAGGUGCUCGCAUCUGGCUGUUCCUGGGUUUCAUGCUGGCCUUCGGCUCUCUGAUCACAUCAAUGUGGAUUCUCUUUGGAGGUUAUGUUGCUAAAGAAAAACCCAUAGUGUAUCCUGGAAUCGCUGUGUUUUUCCAGAAUGCCUUCAUCUUUUUUGGAGGACUGGUUUUUAAGUUUGGCCGCACAGAAGACUUGUGGCAGUGAAGGCGAGGUUCAUGCAGCUCGAAGCCCUGCGUGGGUGUCCCACCGCCCACCCCCCGUAUUUUGUGAAGCCAUUUUCUAAACUUAUUUCCGAGUGUAGUCUCCGCUUCGAGGUGCGCAGUGCUGAAGUCACCAGCGCAGCCAGCCCAGUCACCUGCGGUGUGCACUGAUUAACUCGCAGCGCCGAGGGACACUGUUUCACACGAGGACUCCUGUCGGGUUUUAUCAUGGUCUGAUUUGUAAAAUUAAAAUAAGUCACAAAAGAAAUUAUGGAUUUAUGAAUAUAAGAAUUGUUUGAUUUGAGUCCAAAACUACAGUGAAGUGCCCCAAGACUUAAUGUGGUUAUUUAAUUGUAGCCUCUUUGUGUCAAAUCUUAAAUAUAAACAUUUUCUUGUUUUUCAAAACUA